AUGGAAGCACAUCAUAUCAAUCCACAUCAGUCUCAACCACAAUAUAUAGAAGCGGUUAGGACCCUCAUCAUCCCGGCUCCAGCUCCGACAGUCUCUACAUUGAAUCCUCGCUUUUAUACUCAUGAUAUUUUACGCAUGCCCUCAUCCUCGAAGUCGCGCUGGUAUCUCAUUGGCUCAGCUCAGUACCAUGCUGGUUCAAAGUAA